AUGCCUCGAAAGCGUGCGACAAUGCCUCAGAAGCGUGCAAAGCCCGAAACACCCACACCAGAGAAGCCAGAUCAAACGGCACCUCUGAGCGAGGAGAUUUCUCACGAUGACCACCGCUCUCUCACCAACAGAAACUGCCCUUCCAUGUGUUGCCGGAAGGGCGAUGACUGGGCAGCUCAUUGCGCAGCGCUGGAGAAUUACGAGAACGGGCCCAGCGCGGUUCUAAUGAACAAAGCCCUUCGUCACGACCCCCAGGACUACGACCGCACGCUGUAUCGCAUUCAGUUCCACACCUGGAACCGCAUUUUCGAGCAUCUCCUUCGCAGAGGGCUCAAGCAAGAGGACUCAGUCAACGCGGCAGACUUGGUAGCCCAUUACAAGGAAUAUCUUCGUCUCAUCGUCCAGGAUGGGGAGAAGAAGAUUCCUGACGAUGCUCACGAUGGUAACUUCAAAUACAACGGUGACAUUGGCGACCUCCCUGGAGGCGCCCCGAACUACUCAAUUAGGAAUCUCCUCAAAACCGCCCGGGAUUUAGAGUAUUAUCUUCAUGGACUGGACCCCGGCAGCUACACCAUCAGGUUCACUCCGACCGACAGCGACAAGAUGUUCGACUUUCCCUUUGAUAAGAAUUGGAUGGAGCUGAACGAUCCCGUUGAAAUCCCCUCCUACCCGCCAGGCAGCAAGGAACUGCCGUUGGUUGGGCUCGUCAGUGAUCCCAUGCUCGUCAUCAGCGGUCUUGAUGGUUUGGGCUACGAAAGAAACUUUACGCACCACACUUCUAUGCGUGUUGUGGCCCCUUGGACCUUCGGCGGCGAGGAGGCGGCGCCGUGUGUUGACGCCGGGUACGAGAAAGGCGGGUUGCAGACUCGGGCCAAGACGAGGAGGGCCAAAGCGAGACUCAAGGAGGCCGCGGCGAAGGCGAAAGGUGCAGCAAACCCGGCAAACUCAGCGAACCCAGCAGGCCCGGCAGACGAAGCAGACAAAACAGACCCCAGCAGACAACAGCGGGAUAUCCCAGACCACGCGCGACGAAACUACUGA